UGCAGGUAAUGACAGACUAAGACGGCGGCCGGCACGGAAUUCAGGAAGCACAGGUUCACAAUGGAGCAUCAGCAGGGUCGAAAGCAAACAAUGAACUCGACAGAGGUGGCGAAAGCCAACGAGGAGUUCGACUUGUUCUGCAACGCCACCACCCUGAAAUCCAUUCUGGGCCAUUUCCGACAUCUCUGCGAGUUGCUCAAAGUCAGGCCAAACACGAUCAAUCAGUUUUAUCCGAAAUUGAAGCUCAAAUUGCGAUCGUGGAAGGCGCAAGCUCUGUGGAAGAAAUUCGAUCAGAGAGCCAAUCACAAAUGUUACAACCGUGGCAAAGCGUGCCUGAAUACAAGAGUAUUAAUCAUUGGUGGUGGUCCCUGUGGGCUUCGUUCAGCGAUAGAAGCCCAGUUGUUAGGCGCCAAGGUUGUCGUCGUUGAAAAGAGGGAUCGAAUGUCCAGAAACAACGUCCUUCACCUUUGGCCGUUCGUCAUUCAAGACCUUCGCGGCCUAGGGGCGAAGAAAUUCUUCGGGAAAUUCUGCGCCGGAUCUAUCGAUCAUAUCAGUAUCCGUCAACUUCAGUGCAUCUUGCUGAAAGUCGCUUUGAUCCUCGGUGUCGAGUUCCACGAAAGUGUUAGCUUCGAUUCUUUGAUACCGCCACCGGAGAACCAGGAAGAGGGCAAGGUAGGUUGGAGAGCAAAAACUACACCCGCCGAUCAUCCGGUCUCUCAGUACGAGUUCGACGUGCUGAUAGGCGCCGAUGGUAAAAGAAACACAUUGGAGGGCUUCAAGCGCAAAGAAUUUCGGGGUAAAUUGGCAAUCGCGAUAACGGCCAAUUUUAUAAAUAAACGAACGGAGGCGGAGGCACGGGUGGAGGAGAUCAGCGGAGUGGCCUUCAUCUUUAACCAAAAGUUUUUCAAAGAAUUGUACCAGGAGACCGGUAUAGAUCUAGAGAAUAUCGUGUACUACAAAGACGAUACUCACUAUUUCGUGAUGACUGCCAAGAAGCAUAGUCUCAUAGACAAGGGCGUAAUUCUGCAGGACUACGCAGACACAGCAAAGUUGCUCGCGAAAGAAAACGUGGAUCGCGAGGCAUUGAUGCUUUACGCCCGUGAAGCUGCUGAGUUCUCCACGGAAUACCAGAUGAUCGGUAUGGAAUUUGCAGUGAACCACUAUGGUCAGCCAGAUGUAGCUAUGUUCGAUUUCACGUCCAUGUAUGCGGCGGAGAAUGCCAGCCGGAUUUUAGAUCGUCGAGGUCAUAGAUUGCUUAUGAUCCUCGUCGGUGACAGCCUGCUCGAGCCAUUCUGGCCAACGGGAUCCGGUUGUGCGAGGGGAUUUCUAAGCUCCAUGGACGCUUGUUGGGCGAUCAAAAGCUGGGGCGCGAAUGUAUCGCCGUUAGAGGUAAUCGCUGAACGUGAGUCCAUUUAUAGGCUACUUGGACAAACUACCCCUGAAAAUUUGAACAGAGAUUACGCUGCGUACACGCUGGACCCCCAUACCAGAUACCCCAAUCUGAAUGUAUCCUCUGUGACGCCAAUACAAGUGCGAAGUCUACUCGAUACAGACGAUCCUGACAGCAUCAAACAGCCUCCUGUACAAUCUGAUAUCGAUAUCCCCAAGAAACGACGUCGCCGAGAUUUGCGUGGAGACUCGCAAGUGCACCCAGACACGUUGCUCCGUUGGCUGCAAAAGCAAGUUGCUGUAUACGACUCGGUGCAAAUAAAAGACAUGGGCGCCUCGUUCAAAAGUGGCCUGGCUAUUUGUGCGAUAAUUCACAGAUAUCGGCCAAAUCUGAUAGACUUCCACAGUUUGAACCCAGACGAUGCGAUCACGAACAAUCAGCUGGUCUUUGACGUCUUGGAGAAAGAACUAGGCAUACCUCCUAUAAUGACAGGAGAGGAGAUGGUUCAAUGCGACGUCCCCGAUAAACUCGCCAUGUUUUCUUACCUCACACAAAUAUACGAAGUUUUCCGCGGUGAAAUCCCGUAUAUUAAACAUCCGAAAUUAGAACCUGAAAACGAAGAAAGGCCCGCACAUAGUAAACAAUUGAGCCAAUUAACACCUGACCAAAAAGUUCAGUCAGUUGACCGUGUCGUCAGGCAAGACAGUGCAACAAGAACGAGGCACUCACGAUCGCGACAUAACGAAAAUUUAAACCCCGCUGAUAAGAAGGGGGACACGAUUAGCCGACGUUCUCGAAAGAGACGAAGCACGGAGAAGAUGGGCGCGACAGUGGAGGAAAGGCAGAAGAGACUCGCAGAAAUAGAGAGAAAUCGCGCCGAACGUAUGAGAAAACGACAAUAUUUGCGAAACAUGGCGACGCAGCAAUUCUACAAAAGUAUGCAGAUGCUGCAAGCGAACGCAAAACGUGAGAAAGACGAGCCGUUCGAAGAUUACUCGAUAUUCUUGUAUCGUCAAACUGCGCCGGAUUUCAAGGAUAGAGUGAAAUACCUAGAGCAGAAAAUAUUACAUCCAGACAGAGAACCCAAGAUUCACGCUGGUCAUCACAGAAACAGCAUAGACGAGGAAUUCUCUGGUAGAAUAAAAAGCAUUGAGGACAAGUUGAAGGGAUCUACUCCAACUGAGAAGAAGCCCAGAGAUCUUUUACGUGCCAUUGGUAAGAUCGAGAAGACUGAUUGGAACGUGAAGGAAAUCGAGAAGAAGAUCGAGGAGAAUAAAAUGGGUCGUUCUGUGCGACACGACAAGGUGGAACGAGUACCGAAAUGGAGUCGAGAACAGUUUUUAGCUCGACAAAUCAAGAUGGAGAAGAAGGGACGGGAUCAAAAGGAGACAGAUAGUAAGUACGCUGAUAUUGACAAUACCCUGAAGAAUAUUGACAGGAAGAUCAAAGAGGGUAAUGUCCUCGGGUACAAUAAAGUUUCGGCUAUGGCCGAGCAGUUUUCAAAUAAAAGUCAAGACGCGGAGCCCAAGGUGCACAAAUCGAAUGUCAAGCCCACAAUAACGUUACCCGCCCAAGGAGGCUCGGAAAUGUGUCACUUUUGCAAUAAGAGAGUUUAUUUAAUGGAGAGACUUACUGCAGAAGGGAAGUUCUUCCAUCGAGGCUGCUUCCGUUGCGAAUAUUGCUCUACCUCAUUGAGAAUAGGAAACCAUACGUUUGACCGGGACAAAAAUGGAGGACGGUUCUACUGUACACAGCAUUUUGGUUUCUCAGGAACGUUGAAAGCUCGUGCCGAAAAGAAAAGACUCACAACGUUGAAUAAGGAAAAUAUACCUACCACGCCUGUACAUCUAAAAACACCAGAAAAAGCAAAGAUAUCUUUGGAAGGCGUCGUUGGUCUUGACUUGCUUGAUCGCGGCCAAACACCUGAGAGAAUAGAAUUCGAAAACUUAGCAGGAAUAUCAGACGCUGAAGAACCCCAAAGUCAGAUGGACGAAGACGAAUGGACGGAUAGAAAUUUCGGUGCUUCCACAGCAGAAAUGGGUUCCAAUCAACCCCUAACAACAGAAGGAACUCUUGAACUUGCAAAGAAUUGGACUCUGCGAUAUUCUCAUCCACACGCUGCAAUGGGACAAUCUGACACUGGGAGCAAUGAAUAUGAAGAUUCUAGCGAUGAAUAUACGAAUGAAGACGAUGAAAGUACGACAGCUACGGAGGAUGAAGACGACAUACGCGCUCGAGAACUUAGAAAACAGGAAGUUUGGCUGAAGAAUCCAACCCGUAGCUCCGAUACAGACACUGGUUCGGAAACGGAGGUGAAAAUUUCUCAAGAUUCUAUAGAUAAUAUAACUCAAGAAUCUCUUACACAUCCUGCACAAACUCCUAAUUUAAUAUCGCCCCAAGAAAUAAACGUGAAUAACAGUGAAGUUGAUCAAGAGGUUGUCAGUACAGAAGAUACUCAAAAAUCGUCUGAUAAAGAGACAGUGACGAUUGGUACGUUUGUAGGAAAUACAAAUCAUCAAGUAACAAACGAUACAAAGUUUGAUAGUGAAGAUAACACAUCUCAAAACAUAGCAUCUGGAAACUUAAUUUCUUUACUUGAUUCCUCUUGUAAUUCAAUCGUAGAUAGGGAAAGUAAUACCGUAAAUUCAGAUUCGUCUUUAAUUGUUUCUAAUCCGAUUGAACAGAAUAAUUCCAACAGACAUAACAGCGUGGAUGAAUGUAUUUCAGAAUAUGAAAGUUUAAUAGAUGACAGUUGUCUUUUGGAUUUAGAUAGAAACCAACAAAUUCAAGAUAAAAGUGAAAAUGAUCAAGUCAGUUUUAAGUUUGUCAAUAUUAGUAAUAAUGAUGUAAAUGAUAAAGUAAUUUCUGUUUAUGAAAGUUUAGAUAAAGUAAAAAAUGUAGAAAAUAGUGAAUUAACUCAAACAGUGCUUUCUGAUUACAAUGAGAUAAAUAAUGAAGUAAUGCCUGGCCCGGAUGUUACACCCGAAACACCAGAUACUCCAAAAAUAACUAGUACAUCAAACACAAAUCUGCAAACAGUGUUUGCAGGAAUUAUGUUUCCAGAUGCUAUUCCAUUUAGUCAGACUAGUUACAAUAAUACAGUCCAGCCUAACAUCGAAGAAGUUGUAAGCCUCAAGGAAAGACUGCCGGAUCUGAUAACUUCUUCACCAAAUUCUAGUAGAGAUUCAUCGCCGUCUUCCUCGUGUGAAAUGUACAAAUCAACUGAAACAUUGUAUGAUGAAUUAUUAUUGUUCGAUACUCAAGACAAAGUUACUGCAGAAUCUUGUGAUUCAGAUAGUCCUACACAGACCUAUAAAAGAUUGACAGGCGAUAUUCCGGAAGAUAAUAAAUUAAAAUUAUUUAUAAAUGAUUCUAAAAUUCCAAUAGUGACUAUCACUUCACCAUCUCCUACAAGUGAAAAAUCAUUGGAAGAGACAUCCAUUGAAAGAGCUAAGUUAACAAUACCCAAAGGAGCAAGCAAUCAGGCAGUUCAAUUUGAUGGAAAUAGUUCAUUCGACAAAUUAAAGCGUGAUUUAAGACAGAGGAAAGCAAAGAACAAAAUGUCAAUGGGUGAACUUCGACCAUUAACCACUGAAAAUGCUCGAAGAAAAAUUGAUAAGUAUUUCACAGACGAGAAGAAACAGAAAGCAAAAAAUCAAAAUAUACAAAUUGAAAAAAAAUCGCCUGAUAUCAAAGUCGUCGAAUUAGACAUUAAACCAAAGUUAUCUGCUAAAGUUGAAGCGAAAGAUAUAAUGAAAUACUUCCAGAAAAUAAAUCCGGAAUCUUCUGAAAAAUCAGACUAUGAAAAUCAAAAUGACAAGAACUGCACAAAUAUCGACGAAUUAAAUGAAAUCGAUGUUGACGCUGUUGUUAAGGAAUUUGAAGAGAUAGAGCGACAAAAUGAAGAGAUAUUUUCAAUUGACACUGAAGAUAUUGAAUCUCAAUUGCAUUUGAAUGCUCUAUUGACCGAAUUGCAUUUAGAAGACACAAAUGAACAACUAAACGCAAAAGAUAUAAAUGUGAUAGAAGAAUGUGAAUUGUCUUCUACUGCAUGCGAUAAUAAAUUAGAUGAAGAAAAACAAAAUAUCAUCAUUGAUUCUUCUGAGAAUAUAACCAACUCAGAACAAAUAUCAUUGUCUUCACAACAAAUCAAUAACACCUUAAAUAAGUCGCACGAAGAUAUAAUAAUCAAUCCUCAUAACAAUGCAAUCAAUGAAGAACAAAAAAUAUUAACCUCAUCAUUAAUCAAUGAUACUUUAGAAAACACAAUCGAUUGCUACGAAAUACAGAAAACGAAUAUAGAACAAACAAUUUUACAACCUAACAGUUACACAUUGAGGCCUGAGUUGGAUGGAGGAAAAACAGAAGUAACAACUAAUCUUCAUACAGAACAAAUAGCUUCACAACUGGACAAUGGCACUUCCGAAAUCAAAUUUCGCGAAGGAGAGACAAACAAACAAAUUGUGCAACAAGCAAUAUCAGUUCCAUGUUUGGAUUAUAAUAUCUUGGAAAUCAAACUACAUGAACAGAAAAUGCAAGACACAACUCAUUCUGCUGACAAUAUUAAAAUUGAUGUAAAACAGAUAACACCGACGCCGGAAUUUAACAAUGUUGAAAAUAAUACACAUGAUAUCGUGCAUAGAAGCGACAAUACUUUAAAUACAAAACAAGAAGUUACUCGAAACGAGGCAUUAUAUAAAAGCUUUUCUGAAUUAACAAGUCUACCCGUCCAACACAAUCAAGUUGCUAAAGUUAAAAUCGUUGAGCAAAAUAUUGAAAUACCGAAGCAUGUUAACAAAAUGAAUGUACAUAGUGAUUUAAUUCUAUCAAACACAGUAGAAGUUCCAAAGAGGCCAGAAAGGAAACAUGUACAUCAUGAACUCAGUUCUUCGAUAAGACCCGAUGUAUCCGUUGUACAGUUUGCUCCUGAUAUUCCAAUAAGAAGAAAAUCUUCAAAGCAGAAAUCUAAUGUUCCAUGUUCAUUGGAAGAAUCUACCUGUAACGUGCAAUUAAGUUCUACUACAAUUAAUAAAAGAUUGAUCGAAUCAGACAUUAAUACUAAUAAUAGUAAUACAAUAAACACAGAGACUAAUAAAUCAAGACAUUCAACUGAAACGACAAAGAGUAAUAGUGAAAUAAGUAAAACAACAAAUACAUUAGGAAAUACUAUUGAUGGACAUUCUCAUCUCACAAAGUCUCCUCCAUUAAUAAACUCUGAUCAGCGUGACUCUACGAGAUCCAUAGCUUCUAAGAAUGAUCGAGCAAAGAAAGAUAAAUGUGUAGUUGCCUCCAACGAAGGUACAUCGGAAGAAAGCGAAGAAAAUUCAGCUACGGAGAUAUCAACCGACUCUGAAUUCGAACACGAUGGUGCAACUCCGACGCAGCAUGAAAUUCCAGAAAUCACAAUUAACGAUACGUACGUUCGCAAGACAAGGGGGAAUUACGUCGAGCCUAAGAGAGUUCAAGUGAAAAGUAAAGUUAUCUCAUCGAUAAACGGGAAUUUGAAACAGGAUCAAGAUUUAGAUGCGAGGUCGCAGUUCAAAGCAGAUCAUAAUAUAAAUCCUCAUUUCGAGAAAGAGGGCAAGCUGAAUUUGUUGGGGUUCAACAAUACGAAUAUAGCCCCCUUGAUAAAUCCACGCAAAGGAGAUUAUCUACUGAAUCGCACUCACUCUACCGAAGGUAUCGCGUCUAAAUUGUCCUUAGAAUUGAAAAAGAAGUAUUUACUCGGUGGCACGGCUUUUGGUGGUUCUGUUAUGAAGUCAGGCUCAGCCUCGAAUGUAGAUACUCAGUUAAGGAACUUCUCAGAUGCUAUUUCUCAACACCAGAAACUUUUAAAUCCUGCACCAGAGCCAAGCCCUACGAUGCAAGCAUUCUUGCAAGGAACGAGCAAACUACGAUCGAAUAAUACUCAACUUUCUCCUAUAUCGCCCACAGCUGCAUUCUCGUCGUCUCCGGUGAAGCCGUACAUUGCCAAUCGUUCCUCGCAGAAUUUAUUAAACAACGAUAAUCCUAUUUAUAAAGCAACGAUCUUACCUGAAAUAUCGAAAACUCACUUGCCAGACUUGGUAAAGGAAUCUAGUAUAUUGAAGUCAAAAACAACGCCUAAUAUUGUCUGCAGCGAAUCCAAGGACGUGGGUAGCAAAGAGCUUGCAAAAGAACAGAUGGCAUCUAGUCAAUCGCAUACAGUUAAGGGGUCACAAAUAUUAGAAAAUGUGCGAAACGCUCAGAUUACAGAGAGCAAUUUUGCCGCGAGCACAGAUGAGAACAAUGGUUUCCGACCACGAAGUCCCUUGCACGAGACCUCUAUCAUUGUACCCCAAGUCGACUGGAGCAAAAACAAGCAAGAAGCAAAAGAGGGGAGUACAGGAGAUUCGGAGAUAGACAGCGAUUCUUUGUCUUCUGGCGAUGGUGAAGAAGCUGAGGAAGAAGCGCAAGACCAGCCACCAGUUAUCGUAAAUUUAUCCCCGCCACGUUUACAGAUUCACAGUACGGAUGGAGAUUUGCUGUUGGAUGAGGAAGCCAACAAGUUUAAAGAUUUCGACGAUGGUCAGUCAUUCGAGCCAGAUUCCAUAGAAUGUUCAUAUUUGCGUGAUAAAGAGUUGAACGGUAAGAUAAACACUACAAUUUCCACACCAAUUUCUUCCGUGAAUAAAGCCUCGAUGGAACUGGAGCUAAUAAAGAAUGAGAUUGAGCAGUUGGAAUUACAGGAUGAAGGUAAGAAGAGCAUCAGCAAUUGCAGUACUCCUACAUCGAUAACUUCUGCCAUUUCCAAUAAGCAUGAUGAUUCUGAAGAGAAUGACAUCACUACAGCGGCCCUUACUGAAACAGAAUUCUCCGAGUGGGCCCGUGAUGGUGAGGUUCUAGUUUCAGAUGAUCUGCGGGACGUUGAGUUCAAUAUUAAUCCAGAAUUUAUAACUACGAGAAGGAAACCUACAUUGUCAGAUGCUUCGAAGACAGGUCGUACUCUAAUUACGAUAGCCAAACAGGAAGAUUUAACAGACAUGGACUUAGAUUCUUCGAAGUUUGACAAACAGAUAGAUGUUCCUGUUAACAAUACCUCAAAACUUUUAGCUAACGGUGAAAAUAUAGAUUUUAUGGACACAGAUAAUGAAUCACUCUUGGAUGAUAGUUUACAAGAUGCUUCUAAUACUGUUAUGCUCAAGAAUAGAGGAUAUAUAGAAUUUGUAAACAUUAAAAGCACGCCGACGCUUACAGGUGCGCGAGAUCAGUUAAUUGCCGACGCUCCUAUCGCGAAAUUAGAGAUAGAGAAUGAUUCGUGUUCAGAGGAAGAGAUUUACAACGACAAGAACGUGAUAGAAAUAAAUCCAGUUACUAUGGAUGAUGUUAUGAAUAAGCUAAACGAUGCUAUAAAUAAAUCUGACAAUGAUGUUACAUCAAACAUAGAAAUGAAAUCGAAUUCCAUUCAAGAAGAUCAAUCUAUUGUAGAAACAGUAAAUAAAGAGUUGUUCCAAUCGAUGGAGGAAGAUAGUUUGCUUAUCGUUGAACCAGCUGAAGACACCACUACCAGUGAAGUAGUUACUAUUCUUGCCAGUCCUGUAAAUCCACAAGUUUCAAUAGUCCCGAACCAAGUUCAAAAGGAACCUGAGCAGCAAAAAGAAGAAACGAAAAUAACAGCAGAUUCGAGCAAUCCUGACUAUCUGGAAUAUGUGAAGCGACUACAAUCUAGAAUCGCUGAAUUUAGCAACGCGAAAGACUCUAUAGACAUCAGAAAAUCAAAACGGAAGAAUUCUAAAAGUUCUCUGCAAUCUCGUACCGCUGAGAUGAUAGCAGAAGAAAUCAAAAAUCAAGAAAUUACGAUAAACAACAGCUUUAAUUCUCCGGCUACCUCUAGGAAAUUGGAAGAAAUCACCAGAGAAAGGUCCAAGCAAAAGAAUGUAAUACAAGAUUUAUUAAUGGAUAAAGUGGAAGCUCAUAAGCAAAAGUCUGCAGAGAAGAAAGCAAGAAGAGCUGCCAGAGCUUCAUCGUUCAAUUCAACUCCAACUUUAUCGCCGAUAAGGCCACCUAUUCCUAAUGUUUCACUAAUUAAUAAAUUUACGCCUACGUCCAUUACAACGCCAGAAAAUAGUCCCUUGCGUACUGAAACUAAGAGAUCUGUAGAAAAUAAAACAUCUUAUGAAACACAGCAGUUGCCUUGGAAAUCAGAGAUUGAAAAGUCCAUGAAUGAAGGAAGUAAUAAGACUGAUAUUCAGUCGCUUGAAAAUACUAUAUCAAUGAAAAUAGGAAGUGAAAGAGAAGAUAUCUUUAGAACGCCGGUCGCACCUCCGAGAUUGAAACACGAAGAAGCAAAGAGAACAGCAGAAAAGGCAAGACAAGAUGCAAGAGAAAGAGCCAGAUUAAAAAGUGACGAAGAUCUAGGUCUCAGUCCAGAAGACAAAAUCAAAGAACUGAGAAUGAAAGUGGCACGAAGACAACUUUCCAUGGAAGAAAGGAAACCUAAAGAAGACACGUAUGAACCUCGUCUAAGACACUACAAUUCUGGAGCGAUCAAGACUGGGUUAAAAUUACAAACGAGCAAGAGUACGGAUAAUAUGAAGGUCGUGGCGGAGGCAAUAAACUUUGCUGGCCUAUCUACUGCCAAUGCAAAAUCAAUGGAUGAACUGUUACAUGCUGAUUCUCCGAAGUCAAAUAGCUCUGUUGCUGUUGUGAAAAGAGAUAAGAAGCAAAAGACAAAAGAUCCAGAAAGAAGAAAGAGUAUUAUUCAAGCAGUGUCAGAUUUCUUCUUCAAAAAAGAAUCUUCUCCUUCACCGUCCAAUCAAAAAGACAAAUUAUCUAUGUUCCGUCUGACAUCAAAGACAAAAGGCAAACUUGAUAAAGUUUUAUCGCCGAAGACUAAUGCUAGACCAAAAAGUGUUUGCGAAGGAAUGCUCACAAGAAAUUUCUUAAAUGAAAAUCCGCCGCCAAUUCCACCACCACCCCUUAUUUACACCAUUCCUACACAAGUCUCAGAUGAUAGUUUGUCAGAUGAUGACACGAAAACAACAGCAGUGUCAACAUCGUGCAUGCACAAGGCUACUGUAACAGAAGGUUCAUGCAAUAGCAUUUCACGUAAAAUAAAAACUACAAAACGAAUAGCUAGACAAGCACGGUUAAAGAGAUUGCGUAUGGCUCAGGAAAUACAAAGGAAGUUGGAAGAAACAGAAGUUAAACAAAGAGAGUUGGAAAGCAGAGGUGUUAGCGUUGAAAAAGCUCUUCGUGGAGAAGGCGAAUGCUCCGAUCGGGAAGAAGCGGAUUUACUCAGAGAAUGGUUUGAUCUUAUGAAAGAACGCACGGAAUUGCGCAGAUACGAAAAAGAGCUUUUAGUAAGAGCUCAAGAAGUUCAACUCGAAGAUCGUCAUGAAAGAUUGCAACAGGAAUUGCGUGAACGCUUAGCUGAUGAUGACGAUAAAAAAACCAAUGCCGAUGUGAAGAAAGAAGGAGAGAUUUUAACAGAAAUGUUGGAAAUAGUUGCGAAACGGGACUCGCUCAUUGCGCUUUUAGAAGAAGAGCGACAAAGGUGGUGUAAAUCUACAUGCCAAACAUUAACUUUCCCUACACAUACAGUUACCUAUUUUUCGCACGUACCUAAUUUUUUUUCUUCUGAUUUGAACAAUACAUCUUCUGUGCUUACUUUAAUAGUCAUUUUAAUCAUCUACGUGUUUUUGACUAACUUAAUAGAAUUGUUCAUUAACUUUUACAAUGAACCGCUAACGCUUUUCAAAUCAUGAUAUUUUUUUGAAUUUUCUGAAUUAUCUGGUUUUUAAAUUUCUCUAUUUUCAUUUUACAAAUAUUAAAAUGUUCUUAGCUUUCUUUACAAUAUUUCUGUCUGUUAUAUAUAAAAACUAUAAAUUGUUAUAGUUAUUAGUGUUAUAUAGUCUAAUUUUGUUAUAUAUAAUAUAUAUAUAUAUAUAUAUUGUAAAAUAGUAUAUAUUUAUUUUACAAAGAUUACUAUAUUAAUUAGUGAUCGCAGUAUACAGUUUCUUCCAUUCACAUGUAAUUUUAUAUUGCAUGGAGAAGAGCACGUUAUAAAUUAUUUUUUAUAUUUUUUUUUACACUUUUUAAAUUUUAUUGUAAUCCAAUUAUGCAUGCUGUUCAUAUAUACAACUUUUUUGUUUUUUACUAUAAGUAUUUUUUUUGCAUUGUGUAAUGUAUUUUGCAUAAAGUAAUGUAUUUAUAUACAUGACUGUGUUGUAGUGCUGUUGUGAGAAUGAAAAUGUUUUGGUUGUACUUAAAAUUAUAUUUGGUCACAGGGUUAAAAAUUAUAGAAAUGUAAUUGUUGUUAAGUUUGAAAGUAUUUUUCAAUGGAUAUUUGAAAAAAAAUAAAAUAUAUUACUGUAUGUGUUUAUGGUAAUUAUUUCCUAAACACAUAUCACUAUUUACGAAAAAUGGUAAGAAUCAAAAAUCCUCUAAACAAAGUUUUUUGAACAAUAAUUAUUAAUUAAAUGUAUUUUUGUAAAAGAAUGGAAGUAUAUUGUAUAUUUUCAUAAAAAAUAUUUGCUGAUUUUAUUCCAUAAAUUAAAAAGAAAUAUUUGAUAACGUAUGAUAAAUUCAUUUGCAUACAAAAAUAUUUUGAUAUAUUUUGUUGCUUUAUAUUAAUUAUUAGAAUGUUCCAUUUGCACGAGAUAAAAACAUUAUCAUUGAAUAUGUAAAUUCUGACUAUUGUAUUUAGUUAAUGGAAGCAUACUUUUCUUUUAGGUAUCAAGAUGAAGAUCGUGACCUUGAAGCUCAAAUGUUGGCUAAAGGCCUCAGAUUAACACCAAUUAAAAAAUGUGGUCCUAAGUAUUCGGUUUAAUAGGAAUCACAUUAUUGUACAUAUACUCCAUUCUAUAUUUCCAUUCAUAAAUUUUAAUAAAUAAGUAAUUUAAUUACAUUGUAAAUAAGAAACAAAUCUUACAAGGAUAAAGUGUCUUAUAAAGAUCAAAACUUAAGUUUCAUGUAACUCUUUUGUACGAAUUGAGUUACGCAAGUAUUUCAUUAUGUACAUGCAACUCUUUUUUAGAGACUCUUUUUAAGAGAAGAAUGACCAAUUAUUUUAUUUCACAUUUUCAAUUUCUACAGAGUUUUUAAAUAUGUCAUUUAUUUUGAGUUGUACACAUUAUAUGUAUAUAGUUUUAAGGAAUUCCAUUUAUUUGUAGCACAUAUUUUUUAUCUACUGUACAUCAUAUACUUUUUAAUCGUCCGAAGAUAUGGAAUUGUAUUAUAAAUGAAUUUCUCAAUCCUCAUUGCUUAGAAUUUAAAGUAAGAUAAUUUAGAUGAAACAAAAAACAUAACACAUUGUUGCACAUGUAAAAAAAGAAAUGUGCACACUGUACAGAAAAACUCAAUAUAAUAUAUAUGGAUUUGAAGAAAAUUUUAUGAAUACAAACAUAUAUUUUGUCAUUGCAAAACAAAAAAUAUUCUGCCUUUAUAUGUAAAUCAAUCAAAAUAUAAUCGCUAAUACACAGGUUUGAUUUUUGCAAACAUAUUUUGCGAUUCGAUAUAGUAAUUAAACAAGAAGUGAUGUAGCAAAUAUCUUUUGCAUUACAAUAAUGUGCAUUACACACAUACAUACACACACACAUAAAAUAUGUAUAUUACAAUUAAAUAAGACAUAUAAAUCUAUUUUUAUGUUUACAAAGAGACUGGUAAACGGAAUGUAUAAACAAUUAUAGAAUUUUAUUAAAUCAUAAAUAUGUAAAGUUUUGUAUGAAAUACAGUUUAAAAAAAUGGACAUAUAUUUAAAAUUAGAAAAUAAUAUUAAAAUCAGCUCUAAUCCUUGA